AUGUACCCUGAUUGUGCUUACUCGAACGGCAACACCAUUGUCCAAGGACCUCCUGAUCACCCUCCUAUCUCCUUUGAGGGCUUUGGCGCUGGUACGCCGUUUACUACGAUUGGGGUGCACAACGAGCUCAACCGAAAUCCGUUUAUCGAAGACCUUCUUCACAUUAAAUUCAUCGCACACACUAUCUUUGUCAUCUUUCCCACGAUCAGCAGUACCGUUUCGACCUACGGCUACGCCGUCUUCAUCGUCAUCUUCGCGGUCGGCGUUACCAUCGCAGCCUCUAGCUACAACGGCAACCUUACCACCGUCGCAACAUACACAGAGUUCGUCUGUAAGCACGCGAGAGAUGAGUAA